CAAUCUUCAAGGAUUUAUUUCUCGAUCGGGGUCAACCUACCCCCGCAUAUGUGACAACCCGACAUCUGUGAGUGGUCAACCAUUGAACCAUGCCAAAUGCCGUAUGCAGCCCAGCCUUUCUUGAUUCCAAGUGCCGCUUUUUCGCUGAGCUAGCCGGCUACGGUGACCAUUUGAGUUGUACGGAAAUGGGCGCUGAAAUUUGCUCUAGAGAAAUCCAGCCCCUGCGCAUCGAAAAGGCUUCCUUACUUAAUGGAGAUUCAAUGGCAGAAAACAAGUCAAUUGAAAUCAGGGGAUCGAGUCACGCAUGAAAUUUUUCUUCUUCGACCAGAACUCGAGUUUGGUGAGUUGAAGUAUGCCCAGCUGACCGAUAGCGAUAGGGAUAUAUUUGAGACCUCGGCCUGAUUCCUGAACCUUACUCAGUAACUCAGUACUAUUUGGAGCUUCUGGACUAAGUAACCCAGACCCACCUUCAAUAUUUCAUAAACACCAAAUACCCCCAUUAUUGUCAGUCUCGAUCAGCUUCCCGAUAUUCAUUGCUCAAGACCAUCUUGCAAUCUACGAUAUACAAGAGUCUAACCUCCAUGCAGGUCACCAUGGUCUUGGCCUGAAUGCAUUGCUCACAUCCACAAACCCUACCUAAAUUUUCCCUCAAUCACCAUGUCUUCGCGAAGACCAACCUCUUCCGACUCGAACCGUACCCCUUCGAUCAGCCAAGCGACGCAUCAACAUGCUCCUGCUAACCCUAGUGGUCUCCGGGAAGCAUAUACCCUCUCUCAGUCGCCAGAGAGUAUCAGAGACACAGGUGUCUCGGGAGGUCGCACAGGUGAGAGCAGCGCCAACGCUUCGCCCAAUAUAUAUCCAUCGCACUUAGAUACGGAUCCUGCUGCUGCUGACGAGGCGGAAAGCGAGCGGGCACACGGAUUUGCGGGAUUGGCAGGCAGACCGGUUGGAGAAACAACCUCAUUAUUGAGGAAGCCGUUCGAAUUCUCUACCAACACGGCACACGCAGGGCAGUGUGAUCAUGGCACCUUUAGUCCUACUCUGGAAAGCAGAACGGGCAGCAUAACGAAUGAUUAUGGGUUCGGUGGCUCUGCUCCAAGAGAUGGCCCCGAAAGAGCUGGGUCGAGUAGCAGCAUGUUUGGUACCAUACUCGAGGGGAUCGGCAUGAGGAAUGGCACCGGCAAGAAGAGAAUGAGCACCACUCAAUACCUCGCUGAGAGACAUGGAGUCAAAAAUACAACUACCAUGUAUGUUCCGAAACCCAUUCACUCAGAUUCUUCAAAAAAGCCUGAUGGAUUGCUAACAUUCUGUGCCCUCUCAGGUACGUUACAUAUUACAUACCAUUCUUUGCAUGGAUUCAGCAAUAUAGAUGGGCCCAUUUUCAGGGUGAUUUGGUAGCGGCCCUGACAAUGGCUUCCUUCUACCUUCCAAUGGCUCUAUCGUAUGCCUCGAAUCUCGCCCAUAUCCCACCAAUUAACGGACUAUAUUCUUUUGUUUUCAAUCCUCUAAUAUAUGCAAUACUCGGAAGCUGUCCACAAAUGGUAGUGGGCCCUGAAGCUGCUGGUAGUUUACUAGUGGGAAGCGUGGUUAGAUCCAGUAUAGAUGAGAGCCAAACACCAGAAAACGAUGAGAUAAUGCAUGCACAAGUUGCUGGUGUAGUGACGGGGAUGGCGGGAGCUGUCAUUUUUGUUGCCGGUCUUACACGUUUGGGAUUUUUAGACAGCGUGCUUAGCAGACCAUUUCUACGAGGUUUCAUCUCAGCCAUUGGUUUUGUCAUUGUUGUAGACCAGCUCAUACCUGAAUUGGGACUAGCACAUCUUGCAGAGCAAGCUGGAGGUGUUUCACACGGCAGCAGUGUCGACAAGAUCAGAUUUCUGGUGAAAAAUGCCCAUAACGCAUCCGGGAUAACCUUUGCAGUAGCUGGGAUAAGUUUCCUUAUCAUCAUGAUUUUUAGGUAGGUGUCUUCAUUCGAAUACACAAGAAGGAAAGUCUGACAUUUGUGCAGGGAGUCCAAGAAACGAUUACAACCGCGCUAUCCUUCGGUGGCGUACAUCCCCGAUCGUUUCUGUGUCGUUGUAAUAUCAGCUAUCUUGUGCUGGCAACUUCGAUGGGACGAGUAUGGUCUUGAAAUCCUAGGUGAAGUCAAGUCAAAGUCAGGAAAUCCCUUUCCUUUCCACUGGCCCUUUCAGACUGGACACAUGCAUCAUGUUCGUGAAGCAAUGAGCACCUCAUUUCUCAUCGCCUUAUUGGGGUUCUUCGAAUCCUCGGUCGCUGCCAAGAGCCUGGGUGGAGGAGAAGGUAAGAACGACAUCCAGGGAAUUGCCUUGAGUCCAAAUCGAGAAUUAGUUGCCCUUGGAGUUGCUAAUUUGGUGGGUGGAUGUUUCGGUGCUCUGCCUGCUUUUGGUGGCUAUGGAAGGAGUAAAGUCAACGCCAGCACUGGUGGCAAAACGCCCAUGAGUAGUAUACUUCUGAGUAUCAUCACCAUUACAUGCGUUUUGUACCUUUUGCCAGCAUUCUACUAUCUUCCAGUAAGUUGAGUUUUCGUGCCAUGUUACAAAAUUAACAAUAUCUAGAAAGCGGUUUUAUCCUCAAUGAUUACAGUUGUGGCGUGGUCCCUCAUUGAAGAGGCACCUCACGACAUUAUGUUUUUCAUCAGAAUUAGAGGAUUCUCGGAGCUAGCACUGAUGACAAUAAUUUUCGCCGCUACAAUUUUCUACUCACUCACGCUAGGCAUAGCGAUCGGUGUUGGACUAUCCCUCCUCUCUGUUAUCAAACAUAGCACCCGACCACGAAUCCAGAUUAUGGGAAGAAUCCCAGGAACCAAUCGAUUCGCGAAUGCAGAGGUCAAUCCGGAUAAACUAGAAUUUAUUGAAGGCUGUUUGAUUGUUAAGAUUCCCGAGCCGUUGACAUUUGCCAACACAGGAGAUCUGAAAAACCGCUUGCGAAGACUCGAGCUCUAUGGCACAACAGGUGCGCAUCCUGCAUUGCCGCGAGUAAGGGCGCCGGAGCAUAAUAAGAAUAUUAUUUUCGAUAUUCAUGGAGUCACCGGCCUAGAUGGUAGUGGCACCCAAGUGCUCGAGGAGAUUGUGCGUGGGUAUCGAGACCGCGGGGUUCGAGUAUUCUUCUCACGAGGACCUAACGAAGGAACUCCUAUCUACGAAUUGUUUGAAAGAAGUGGUAUCCUUGAAAUCGCUGGAGGCAAGAGCCAUUUUGUAGCCAGUGUUGACCAAGCCUUGCGACUCACAGAAGUCGAGGAGGGAGACGAGUACAGCUACAGCAAUCUUGCAGGGGGUGAAAGUGGUGGGCGAGGCCCUUGAGCAGGGUCCCGGUCGGCCAAAAUAACGAAGUCAUGGAUAUUAAUGAGCACGACCUUAGACCAUGAUAUAGGAUUGGGGGAUCUGUAGAAAAGGAACGAAUACGGCGCUUUGAAUUCCCUCAAUGGCAGCCGUCAGCUUAUUCGUGGCGCGAUUGUUUGUCCAUAUUGUGUUUUUGUUCGAGCGGAUGAAUUACACAUCCAUCCCAUUUUGUAUAACGCGAGGAGAACUGCAGUAAGCUGGGUUUGUGUGUAUAGAAGUAUUGCAUGGGCGUUGGGAUGGAAGCGAUCUCGAUUCACAUUCGGGGUUCUGCAGCAGCAUAUCAUAGAUCCGAAUAAUGAGUUUGUAGCGAAUGAGAGAAGAACUAGAG